AUGACAUACAGUAUAUCAGACAGCUACAACACGAGAUUCAACAUUCCAAAACCUGAUUUUCCUUUCACUGUUGGCAAGCAGCUUCAGGUUCGUCCCCACAUACCUCCGCCACCUCCGAGAAAUCGUUUUAGCGCCUUCUUAGAAAAUGACAGACGUCAUGAGAGGGAUUUCAUCGAUCCAGUUCAACGUUGCCUGCUACACCCUCCUGUACUAGGUCCCAGGGGUGGACUCGACUCUGGUGUCACAGAGUUAGAAAUAGUCAGGUUAGUCCGGGCAGGGGAUGGGCAUGCUGCACAGCUACUUGCUGUUAGAGUGCUAACAUCAACCAACGGCUUGCUGCCCGAUAUGAACCUAUUAGCCAAGCUGUAUGACCCGCUUUAUUUCGAUCACGAGCAAGACGACGUAGACCCAUUUCUCGCCGUCUAUCGUGCGCAUACGCGUGAGUGUGCAGUCUAUAAGAAGGUUGCGGAUCUUCAGGGAAGCGUCAUACCGAAAUUCUACGGAUCAUUCACGUUAUCACUACCUGUCAGCCAGACGUAUACCCGCGAGGUUAGAUUAAUUCUCAUGGAAAUAGUACCAGGACUCUCUAUGGACCACCUGAGCCCCUCGAAUUUCAAGAAAUCGGAACGCCAAGCGAUCAUGAAAUCAAUUAUCGAUUCUGAGACGGCUCUGUAUAACCGCGAUAUAAACGACCGCGAUAUCCAUCCUCGUAACAUACUAGUUGUCUCCGAGGAGUCUAAUCGUGAUGAAAAAGUCGUUGUCGUGGACUUCGGAUCGGCAUGGACCAGUCGCUCUAAGUAUCCAGAUCGGGAGCAGGGCUCGCUUCCUAGAGUUCCGAUCUCACCGUUACUACGCUGGAUUGUCCCGCCCGAAGAAUUGAAACCAUGGAUCGAUUGGGAUUGGAAGGUGUGGGUGGAGCGACAGUAUGAACAUACCAAAGAUUCCAUAACAGAGUAUAUGCAACGUCGGUGGGCUGGAGGAAUAUUUGAGGGGCCGGAGGCAUAG